AUGUCUGGCCCCGUCGCUGAUCUCGGCCUCAUUGGCCUGGCCGUCAUGGGCCAAAACCUGAUCCUUAACAUGGCCGACCACGGCUUCACCAUCUGCGCCUUUAACCGCACCGUGUCCAAGGUCGACAAGUUCCUGGCCAACGAAGCCAAGGGCAAGUCCAUUGUCGGUGCCCACACCACCGAGGAGUUCGUGUCCAAGCUCAAGACCCCCCGUCGGGUCAUGCUCCUGGUCCAGGCUGGCCAGGCUGUCGACGACUGGAUCGAGACCCUUCUUCCUCUUCUUGAGAAGGGCGACAUCAUCAUUGACGGUGGCAACUCCCACUUCCCCGAUUCCAACCGGAGAUGCAAAUACCUGGCUACCAAGGGCCUUAGCUUUGUCGGCUCUGGCGUUUCCGGUGGUGAGGAGGGUGCCCGCUACGGCCCCUCCCUGAUGCCCGGUGGUGAUGAGAAGGCAUGGCCUCACAUCAAGGACAUUUUCCAGAGCGUCUCCGCCAAGAGCGACGGCGAGGCCUGCUGUGACUGGGUCGGUGACGAGGGUGCUGGCCACUACGUCAAGAUGGUCCACAACGGUAUCGAGUACGGCGACAUGCAGCUGAUCUCCGAGGCUUACGACAUCAUGAAGCGUGGUCUGGGAAUGACCAACAAGGAGAUUGGUGACGCACUGGCCAAGUGGAACAAGGGCGUCUUGGACUCUUUCCUCAUUGAGAUCACCCGUGACAUUAUGUACUACAACGACGAGGAUGGCACCGCCCUGGUGGAGAAGAUUCUCGACAAGGCUGGCCAGAAGGGCACUGGCAAGUGGACUGCCAUCAACGCCCUGGACCUGGGCAUGCCCGUCACGCUGAUCGCCGAGGCUGUGCUGGCUCGCUGCCUGUCAAGCAUCAAGGACGAGCGCGUUAAGGCCUCGACCAAGCUUCAGUUCGUCGGCCGCGCCAGCACCUUUGAAGGCAACAAGGAGCAGUUCCUUGAGGACCUGGAGCAGGCCCUGUAUGCCUCCAAGAUUAUCUCCUACGCCCAGGGUUUCAUGCUGAUGCAGGAGGCCGCCAAGGAGUACGGCUGGAAGCUGAACAAGCCGUCCAUCGCCCUGAUGUGGCGCGGUGGCUGCAUCAUCCGCUCUGUCUUCCUCAAGGACAUUACUGCUGCGUACCGCAAGGACAAUGACCUGGAGAACCUGCUGUUCGAUGACUUCUUCAACAAGGCCAUCCACAAGGCUCAGCCCGGCUGGCGUGAUGUCGUUUCCAAGGCCGCUCUUCUCGGUAUCCCGACCCCGGCCUUCAGCACUGCUCUGUCGUGGUUCGACGGCUACCGCACCAAGGACCUGCCCGCCAACCUGCUGCAGGCCCAGCGCGACUACUUCGGUGCCCACACGUUCCGUAUCAAGCCGGAGUUCGAGAGCGCCAAGUACCCCAUCGGCCAGGACAUCCACGUCAACUGGACCGGCCGCGGUGGCAACGUGUCUGCCUCUACCUACCAGGCAUAA